UCGGCCCCCUGCCCUCCGCGCCGGCUCCUCCUGUGGGAGCGAGCAGGUCUUGGCAGAGCUGCCCGUGCUGGUUUCUCAGGGAAAGCUCCCCUCCAGCGGCGGGAGGAACAGCAGCGGUGGGGUCGGAGCGCUUAUCUGGGCUGGGGGAGCCUGGGUCAGGACUGGAUCAGGCAGUGAGGACUUGUUGGCCUGGCUCUCCCUCAACUCCAGCAGGUGCCUCACCCCCCUCAGGGCAAUUCUGGGCUGAUCUCCCUCGCUCUUGCCAACAAAAGCACUUAGACCAAUUUCAGUCCAUCCUGGCACAGAAUCAAAGCAGGAACAGGCACCACCUUUUUUUCCAAACAGACCUCUGGUUUCUGCCAGCCCAUCCUGAUGCUGCCUCCCCACCCCGCCUCAGUAAUUCCUGACUGCUGCCCAGGGAAACGCAGCCUCAAAGGGUGGUGGGCUGAAGUGUGCAGAGCAGCACUGAGCAGGGCUCUAUUUUAGAUCCAGCAGCCUAGUACUGCGAGCCUCAGAGCUACCUGGCUGCCAGGAGCUGUGCAGAGCAGCCCAGGAGACGUUCAGCUAAAAGUCAGGAAUAACCAGAGAAAUGGCAGUCUAGUUACCCCCUGCUCUGAGCCACGGAGUCCUAGGCUGCUUGGGGAAGGGAGCAGCUCUCUGCUGUGCUGUCCUGACACCCCUACAGGCAGCCUGAUGCUGAUGAGUGAUGGGAUGUGUGGUUCUCUAGGCUCUUUCUGAAGGCAUCGCUGCUGUUCCAGUAUCCAGCUGUCCAUGUAUCUGGCUUGCCCUGAGCUGGCCACCCUGGGCUGUAUUGUGUUGCAUUGUUUGUGCGGCAGUGCAAUCACUCUAGCCAUGCACUACCUUAAUGAAGGCAGACUGCAGAUCCCCUGUGGGCAGAACAGGGGACACCAGUGUAACCAAAUCUGGCUGCCUGGGGAUUUUGUUUUGUGCUCAGGAGCUGCAGGGGCGGGUAGAGGGACUGUGCUGGACGAGAAUGCCCAUUCUCACCUCGCCCGAGAUUGCCACCAAGUUCAAAGAGAAGUGGCUGCAACUACACCCCGAGGACCAGGACAAUGUCAGUGGGGCUGUGACGCUGGAUGACAGCCUCACCAGCCUGCAGUGGCUCCAGAAUUUCUCCAUCCUCACCACUGGCCCUGAGAGACUGCCUGCCCUGGGCCACCAUCUCCACCAGCCUUGUGGGAAGUCUUUCCAAAAUGCCGAAGCCCCUGCCAGCCCCCCAGCAGGAGACACUGCAGCCAAGGGGAUGCCCCCAAACCUGGGCAAACCUACCUCUGCAGCCACCUCCCCUGGCACUGGCCAGCUGCUGCCCCUCACCAGACUUCCCCUUGGUGCCCUAGAGAUCGAUUACAAGAACAACACCACAGUGAAGCCUCCUUACUCCUAUGCCACCCUCAUCUGCAUGGCCAUGCAGGCCAGCAGGCAGGCCAAGAUCACCCUGUCUGCCAUCUACAGUUGGAUCAUGGAGAACUUCUGCUACUACAGACAUGCUGACCCCAGCUGGCAGAACUCCAUCCGGCACAACCUGUCCUUGAAUAAGUGCUUCAUGAAGGUGCCACGGCAGAAAGACGAACCAGGAAAGGGGGGCUUCUGGCAGAUCGACCCCCGCUAUGCAGAUAUGUUUGUCAACGGGGUUUUCAAGAGGAGGCGCACGCCAGGCCCCAGCUACAACCCCCUACCGCAGCCUGACGUGCCCAGCCCAAACACUGCCUAUGGCCUCUCAUCUCCAACACUCCACCCAGGGAGUGAGCAGUUGCACCCAGGACAUGCCACAGCCCAUGCUCUGCAGCUGCAGGAUCAGAGCCUCAGCCUUGCAGGUGCCCCCCAUGCUACCAGCAAACGCAAGCAGCCUGUGCCCAAGUACAGCAGCAAGACAGUCAGAACUUGCCCGUCCCCACUGUUACCUGCCCAUGGUGCUGGGGACAGCACCCUGACAAGGGAUUGCAGCUGGGCCAGCAUCUUCGAUGAUGUCUUAGAUGGAAGCGCCGGCAACUUUGAGGAGUUGGAUAUAAAUGCAGCACUCGGCUCUCUGGGAGCAGACAUGGGCCAGACCCAAAGCAGGCACCCCAGCCCUGCCAGCCCCUGGGGAGCCCUGGACACCCACCAUCUCUGUCCAGAGCAUUCCCUCCUUGAAGACAUCCCUUUCACAGACCCUCUGCAGCCCCCCUUGGAGGAAGCCAGGGAAGAGGAUCUGGGCCUCCCCUGGGGCUUUGAGCAAGGCUUCACCUUCUCUGAAGGCUUCCUAGGUGAGAUGCAGCUGUGGGACAAAGGAGACUCCUUACUGUGACCUCUCCUGGGGCAAGGACAAGCUUGUGAUCUGUGGGAAGCAGAUACCUGGCACUAAAGUCUGCUGGUCUCCCACCCCUGCUGUCCCCCUGGUCCUUCUGCUUGGAGGCACCUUGCCCUUGACUGGACUGGGCUGCUUGUGUGAAAGUUCCCCAGAGCUACUGCAUGCCCCCCUGCCCCACAAACUGAAGGAAGGGCAGGGCCCUGCACUCCACCCUGAUAGCUGAGGUGUGUGUCUUUCUGUGCCCUUCCUGCCAACACAGAGCAGGCUGUACCCCAGGAAUCAAGCUGUGCACCUGCCCAGUGCUUCUGCAACCAUGUGCAGGCCUGGUCUCCCUGGGGAACAUCUUGGAUGAUCUUGCCCAGCUGUGAUGACAUGACCCCUCCUACUGGGCCUAGCCUUGUUCUACCAUGCUGUGGAGAUGACUUGCUGCAGGGAGCCUUAGGUGAAAUGGCAAACAGGAGAACCAGCCUUGGGGAGAAUAUUAGGGGGGGGCGUGGAAGGGGAGGCCAAGGCAAGGUGCUGAGGAAGCUUGGAAAACCAUCGCUGCAAAUAGUGUCCUGCUACAUAGCCAGACCCAGGCCUGGGUCUAAGGAAAUUGCACUGCUCUUGACAGCCCCUGUUUUCCAGCUGGCAGGGGCCUCCCCUGAGUCUGCCUCCCAGUAAGACAGAGGGAGUAGUAGGAAGCCAACAUAGCGCCAGACUUGUUGAGUGAGGUAAAUCCCCUCCUGGCACUGCAGUAGCCAAGGCUUGGGCUGUCAGACAAUGCCAAAGGGAGCUUUCUCCUGCCUAAGCAGCUGUAAGCCCAGCCUGGCUAACUCCCUGCCUGUCCCCUGUCUGCCAGACUGCUCACGGCUACACACACUUCUGUUCCUGGUUGAGGACCAGCUGGAUUUGCCCCAAAGUCCCCUUCACCAUGGAAACACCAUUCACCCUGUCUU